AUGGUCACUGUGCUUAUCCCGGUGGGUACCGAGAUUGCUUCGCAAACCAUUUCGCGACUUUUAAUAGUUGGAGCUCCUCUGACACGCAGUAUUGCUUUGCAUUCUUUAUCCGACCUUUUUAUACCUCACACUCUCUCAGUCAGACGUCUGGACGCCAGGACGACCGCAUUCAUUACAUUCCUUUUCCACACUCUCUUUGCAGAGCUUUACAUUCUUUCACUACUACCGCACCGUACGCAUUGUUGA